AUGUCCUAUCUCACGGAUAAGCUGAAUGUUAGCAUUGAAAACGCCGAGCUGCUUGUCGCCCUUGAACUCCUCCAAGCGCCUGCGGUUGGAAUAAUCACCAGAAGAGGCUAUGUUGAUGGUUGGAAAGUGACUGGAGCUGGGACAACACACCAGGAGCAUGCUACCCACCUCCGCAAACUAAUCAAGUCUCUUUCUUCCGAUCAAGCACUUUUCAAGAAGGUUUACAGACAUGCCUUUGUUGCUGGCCGAGAGACCGACCAGAAAGCUCUCAGCCUUGAAAACGCUUUCGUGUACUGGGAGAUUCUGUUCACACCCCCCGGCAUGGAAUGGAAGACGUCAAACCACGACUGGCUUCAACUGUGGAAGGAUUUCCUGAAAGCCAAAUGGACCCGUUCAGUUAACAAGGAUAUGUGGAACAUGACUCUUGAAUUUGCUCUUAAAUCACUGUCUGAUGAGUCGCUAUCGUUCUGGAACGAGGAUGGUGCCUGGCCUAGUGUCAUUGACGACUUCGUGGAAUGGUGUCGCGAGAAUGGCAUCGCUAAGACCGAUGGCAUGGACGUUGACAACUAG